UUGUUGUCCGCGAGCGCAGGGGGUAUUUCGUCUAGUGCUGCAAUAUAGAGCAACAAUAAACGAAUUUCUAAUAUUGAAAGCAAGCCGUGAAGGUGAUCCAUCGUUUUCGACGUACUGAUGUCUAAUAUGCCGCGGAUCACUUACUCACUGUCACAGCACGUGACAAGCCACAUUUAUCUCUAAGCUUCAUGAUCUUAAAAUCGAGUUGGAGGUUAGGGAUAGAACGUGCCGGUGGUGAACUAGCUUGCCCACUUGCAGGCAGCAUUGUUGUUGCGUUAAAUCGGCAAAUUAAUUCGGUUGAGAUGCGUGGGGUAUUAUCCAAUGUUGUUGGAUUUUCAUCGGACUUAAAUAUUAUGAUUAAGCUCAUUUUCUUACACAUCUCAACACGUUUGUUGCCAUCGUCGUGAUAAUAAUAGUGAGGAGAAUCGACUAUCAAGUUCGUAACGGAAAUAAAACAAAGAAAUUUCGUUACUGAGUUGAUAAGAAAAAAAGCCGAUGUAUAUAAACGUGUAUAUAACAAUAAUAUGUUUUCGAGGGUAUUCAUAGUUAGACUUGUACGAUCAAGUUUCGGGUGUAAACGCGAUAAGAAAAUAUUUAACCCGACUCGGUUUUAUCACUGGGCAGAUGCCGAGGAUGAAAACGCUGUACCGCUCGUUCAAAUUAAAAAGGUGAUUAAAACUGCGGCUUUAAACUAUGUGGACGGUCAUGCCUGUAUCACCAUGGACUGCCCUAUCUGUGCCGGCGCAAAACGCAAAGACCAGCCCAAAGUCUUCAUCAACAAAACAACGGGAUUUUUCCUAUGUGACAAUUGCCGACACUCGGGACCGUGGAGUAUUAUUGAAAAGUUUUUGACUCCGAGAAAAAGCGGAAAGAUAGUAAAGGAGCUAGCAGCUUUCAAGGAGACUUUACCCAUCAAACAAGAUUUCAAAGGUAAAUGGGACGAACUCAAGGCUACAUGUCAACUAGUCACAAACCUCACCGACGAUGAAUACCAAAAUAUGUUGCAGCAUCUUGGAAUCCCUCCAGUUCCGAAAGAGACAUUGUCAAUUCUGAACUGCGUGUACAGCCUUUCGACGAAGACGCUAUAUCUACCUCUGACGGACUCAAGCAGCAAUGUAGCAGGCUACAAGUCUGUGACUGAGGAGUCAGAGGACACGACACCGGCGGCAAAGGCUGGUGGCGUGAUAAUCUACAAACAGAAGGGAGCAAAGACUGAUUCAAAUAGUCAUGCUGUUGUGGUUCCGAGUGUCCGUGACCUGCUCGCGUUAAUUUCUCAGCGGGCAGCUACCCAUAUUGUCUGUCUUCCCCAUGAACUAAAAAACCUACCCCAGCAAGCCCUCCCGAUCUUUGAAAACUACAAGAAGCUCGUUCUGUGGUUUGGGAACGACGAGACUAGUUGGGACACAGCCAGGAAUUUUGCGAAAAAGCUAGAUGAGAAACGUUGCUUCUUUGUACGCCCAACUGGUGCUCAGCCUGACCCCAAAACCGCGGCAUAUCUUGGCCACGAUCUUAAAAGCAUACUGCAAAACGCACAGCCUAUAUGGCACAAAAGUAUCACGACGUUUCAGAGCCUGAGACAGGACGUUCUCAGUGACCUUCAGAAUAUUGAUCGUGUUCAGGGAGUCAAGUGGAAAAGGUAUCCAACCCUGAACAGGAUACUUAAAGGCCACAGGAAAGGAGAAUUCACCGUUUUGACUGGCCCCACGGGUAGCGGGAAGACGACAUUCAUGAGCGAAUACUCGUUAGACCUUGCUAUGCAAGGAGUGAACACACUGUGGGGUAGUUUUGAGAUACGAAACGCAAGAUUAGCGAGGACUAUGUUACAGCAGAUGGCCGGUAUGCCUUUGGAUGUAAAUCUCGACCUCUUCGACACAUACGCUGACGAAUUUGAAAAACUUCCAAUCUACUUCAUGACUUUCCACGGUCAGCAGAGCGUGAAAGUGGUCAUGGAGGCCGUUGAGCACGCAACAUACGUUCACGAUAUCGCGCAUGUCAUAAUCGACAACGUGCAAUUUAUGAUGGGUAUAUCAGACGAGCAGAAACACAUGGACAGAUUUUGGAAGCAGGAUGCGGUUGUAGCAGCCUUUCGCACAUUUGCAACUAAGUUCAACUGUCAUGUUACCCUCGUCAUUCACCCUAGGAAGGAAAGGGACGCAGACGACCUUACCACAUCAUCCAUUUUUGGUGGUGCUAAGGCUAGCCAAGAGGCUGACAAUAUUCUCAUAAUACAGGACAAGAGACUCACCAGUGUACGAGGGAAAAAAUAUUUACAGGUAGCUAAAAACCGAUACAGCGGUGACUUAGGAGUGAUGAUGAUGGACUUUGACAAGGCAAGCUUGAGUUAUGCACCAAAAAGAAAGUCAAAGACGGAGGCGGACCAGGUGGCUGCAGCAUCUGAUCGGGAAGACUCUAAUGCUAGUUGA